AUGACCGAUACACAGUUUGACCUCGUGGUCAUCGGCGCAGGUUGGUAUGGGUUGCCUGUCGCUGCAACAUAUUUGCAACUCCAUCCUGAUGCCAAUGUCCUUGUUGUUGAAGCAAAGUCGACAAUUGGCGGAGUAUGGAGUCAAGAACGCCAGUACCCGGACUUGAGAUCCAACAAUAUGCUUGGUACAUACGAGUAUCCCGAUUUUUCAAUGGACACAGACACCUAUGGUGUCAAGCCUGGCGAACAUAUCCCUGGUCAAGUCGUUCAUCGCUAUCUCAGCGAUUAUGCAAAGAAAACUGGAGUACUUGGUCGCAUCAGAUUUGAUACCAAAGUUCUUGAAGCUUCCAAGGAUGCCGACAACGAAGGCUGGGUGCUGAAAACCGACAAUUAUGGGUUAACUCGUAUCUUCACGAAGAAAUUGGUCUUGGCUACAGGUCUAACUUCUGAACCCAACAUGCCUUCCUUUGUCGGUGAAGAAAGCUUCAAAAAGUCAGGUCUUCUGAUCCACUUUGUCGACUUCAAUGCCCACAUCGACAAGCUCGUCGCCCAAGACACCCCCGUAACAGUCCUCGGCAGUUCAAAAUCAGCCUGGGACAUCGCCUACGCCUGCGCAACCAGAAACCUCCCCGUGAAUCUCGUGAUCCGCACCUCAGGCCACGGACCCUCCUGGAUGGUUCACCCCUACGUGACACCUUUUAAACUCUGGCUCGAAGGUCUAGCCCACACACGUCUUUUGACCUGGCUAUCCCCCUGUAUCUGGGGCGAUGAAGAUGGCUAUAGCUACAUAAGAAGCUUUUUACACUCCAAUUGGUUGGGCAGAAAACUUACAAAUGCUUUUUGGUGGGUUCUUUCGGAUGAUGCAAGGCAAGGGAUGGGAUAUGAUAAUCAUGCAGAGACGCGAAAAUUGAAGCCUAGACAUUCGGCUUUUUGGACGGGGAGUGGAUUAGGUAUCAUGAAUUUCGAAAUUGAUUUUUUGGGAUUGGUGAGGGAGGGGAAGAUUCGCGUUUGUAAUUCUGAUGUUGAGAGUCUGGAGGAAGGAAGCAUGGUACUGGCAAAUGGCACAACACUGGAUACAAAAGCCAUCAUCUGCGCCACAGGUUGGAAAGCAACACCACCCCUCACCUUUUCACCUCCUGGUCUCUCAGCAACCCUUGGUCUUCCUUCCGCGUCGACCCCAGACUUCUCAACCAUCGAUGCACAAAUCCUCUCUCGCUUUCCAAAACUCAAAGACCAACCCGACGUCCCAAAACCCGGCGGCGACACAACACCCGACGCCACAAACUCACCCUUUAUGUUAUACCGCUUCAUGGCACCCCCUUCCUCCCUUCUCUCAAAACCAUCCAUCGCAUUCGCAGGAAUGAUGGCUCCAAUUUCCACUUCUACAUGUGCCAGUAUCCAAGCCCUUUGGAUCUGUGCUUACCUCUCCUCUUCUCUAUCCCGUUUACCCGCUUCCGCAGCUUCGGCGCAGGAAACGGCGAUUUUACAUGCGAGGUUUGGAAGAUGGAGAUAUCCUUGUGGGUACGGGGCUAGAUUCCCCGAUUUCGUGUUUGAUGCUAUUCCGUAUUUGGAUAUGUUGAUGAGAGAUUUGGGUUUGCAGGGGAAGAGAAAGGGGAGUUGGUGGAGAGAAGUCGUGCAGGCUUAUGGACCGGAGGAUUAUAGAGGGGUGGUGGAAGAGUGGCGGGAAGCUCAAAAAGCUAGACUUGAUGGCGAUGAGAGCAAGAAGAGCGUCUGA